AUGAGCGAGGAGAAUAAGGAGUGGGCAAUCCUGAGCCCAGAGGAGUUCACCCAGCUGCAGAAGUACAUUGAUUAUAGUACCAAAAAGGUUCAAGAUGUUCUGCAGGAGUUUUAUGGAGAUGGCAACCACCUGUCUGAAGAGUCAAUAGAUUAUGAGGGAUUUCAGCGCUUCUUGAGCACAUACCUGGAUGCAGAUGAUAUCUCUCCUGAUCUCUGCAAACGCCUCUUCAUGUCAUUUCAGGCUGCACCCAAUGUGACUGGAGAUCAGACAGAUGGUGCAAAGGAGAAUGGCCGAAUUAGUCUGCAUGAUGUAUCCUGCUAUUUUUCCUUACUGGAAGGGGGGACUGCUGAAGACAAACUGGAGUUUACUUUUAAACUAUAUGAUAAAGACAGCAAUGGACUUCUGGACAGUUCUGAGGUAGAUCGAAUCAUAACCCAAAUGAUGAGAGUUGCUGAGUACUUAGACUGGGAUAUUACUGAGCUUAAACCGAUGCUGGAAGAGAUGAUGAGACAGGUGGAUUAUGAUGGCAACGGAACUGUAUCCUAUGAGGAAUGGCUUAAGGGAGGGCUCACCACAGUACCCCUACUGGUGCUGCUUGGAAUGGAAGCUAAUAUUAAAGAUGAUGGUCAACAUCUGUGGCGUCUCAAACAUUUUAACCGACCUGUGUACUGUAAUGUGUGCGAAGCAUUGCUGUUUGGUGUCAGGAAACAAGGCCUCUGCUGCACAUUCUGUAAGUUUACUGUGCAUGAACGUUGUGCUCGCAAAGCACCAAGUGACUGCAUCAGCACCUACGCCAAGUCCCGUAAAGAUGCAAGUGGGCAGACUCACAUAUGGGUUAAAGGUGGAUGUGAGGCCAGCAAGUGCGACCGAUGUCAGAAAAAGAUAAAGAGUUUCCAGAGUCUUACUGGCCAACGCUGUGUCUGGUGUCAUGUGAAGGUUCAUGAUGAAUGUGUUUCCUUAAUAUCUCUAAAGUGUGAUGGUGGUAUCCUACGAGAUCAUAUACUGCCUCCUUCUUCCAUUUACCCAGUAAUUCUGGAACGACAAAACAGUCAGAAGAACCUUAUAGCUGCAUCAGAGGACACAUCCCAGAUAUUCAGCACUGCAGAGGGACAAGCACUUCGAAUAGUCCCAAUACUAGAUACACACCCACUACUUGUCUUUGUCAACCCAAAAAGUGGAGGAAAGCAAGGUGAAAGAGUUCUUCGCAAGUUCCAGUAUCUGUUGAACCCCCGUCAAGUUUAUAACCUACUGAAGGGUGGCCCAACACCUGGGCUCAACUUUUUCCGGGAUGUUCCCAGCUACCGGGUUCUGGUGUGUGGUGGAGAUGGCACAGUCGGUUGGAUUUUGGAUGCCAUUGAUAAAGCCAAUCUUCCCCAAAGGCCUCCUGUAGCUGUCUUGCCCCUGGGCACUGGAAAUGACCUAGCUCGCUGUCUAAGAUGGGGAGGAGGGUAUGAUGGCGAAAAUCUAGUUAAAGUGCUAAAGGACAUUGAAAGCAGCACUAUUCUUUUAAUGGACCGAUGGAAUAUUGAAGUCAUACCUGAGAACCCCAACGAAAAAGGAGAUCCUGUCCCAUAUGAAAUCAUCAAUAACUACUUUUCCAUUGGAGUGGAUGCCUCCAUUGCACAUCGUUUCCAUGUUAUGAGGGAGAAAUAUCCUGAGAAGUUUAACAGCAGG